GGCUGGCGGCUUGUUUGAAGAGUUGGGGGAGGAGGAGGGUUUUGUGUGUUUGUGCGUAGGGACCCGUCAGGAGGACAGGAGGACUGAAGGUCGGGCUGUCCUAAUGAUGAGAGUUUCCCACCUCGAGGCCGACGAUUUUAGAGCCAUGGCCACCUGGGUGGAGCCCUGCGCGAGCCCCGACAGUGUGCUAGAAACGGCCGCCGGGUUACAGUUGGGUUGGCUCUGAAGUAGGUUGCAGCAGAGUCAGCAGAAGGAGCCCCGUGGACCAUCCUGCUACGGAUGCCCCAGAGAAGAUGUCUCUUUCCCAAAAGCUCACAUUGGACAAGGUAGACGUGAAGGGAAAGCGGGUUGUCAUGAGGGUGGACUUCAAUGUGCCCAUGAAGGACAAGCAGAUCACCAACAACCAGAGGAUCAAAGCCGCCGUCCCUAGCAUCAAAUACUGCCUGGAUCACGGCUGUAAGUCGGUUGUGCUCUUGAGCCACCUAGGCCGGCCCGACGGCGUCCCCAUGCCAGACAAAUUCUCUUUGGAGCCCGUGGCAGCCGAGCUCCAAUCCUUACUUGGCAAAAAUGUUGAGUUCCUGAAGGACUGUGUGGGACCCGAUGUGGAGAAAGCCUGUGCUAACCCUGCUGAUGGUUCUGUCUUCCUAUUGGAGAAUCUCCGCUUUCAUGUGGAAGAAGAGGGGAAAGGCAAAGAUGAAUCUGGGAAAAAGAUCACUGCUGAUCCAGCCAAAGUAGAAGCUUUCCGGGCAUCCCUUUCCAAGCUGGGGGAUGUCUAUGUCAACGAUGCUUUUGGUACUGCCCACCGGGCCCACAGCUCCAUGGUUGGAGUGAACCUCCCCCAGAAAGCAUGUGGUUUCCUAAUGAAGAAGGAGCUAGAGUAUUUUGCCAAAGCCCUGGAGAACCCAGUGCGACCUUUCCUGGCCAUCUUAGGUGGAGCUAAAGUUGCAGACAAGAUCCAACUGAUCAACAACAUGCUAGACAAAGUCUGUGAGAUGAUCAUUGGUGGUGGGAUGGCUUUCACCUUCCUUAAGGUUAUCUCCAACAUGGAGAUUGGCAAUUCUCUAUUUGAUGAAGAGGGAGCCAAGAUUGUUAAAGACCUGAUGGCUAAAGCUGAGAAGAAGGGUGUGAAGAUAACCCUACCUGUUGACUUUGUCACUGCAGAAAAGUUUGACGAGCAUGCCACAGCUGGUGAAGCUACGGUGCAGUCUGGCAUACCUGCUGGAUGGAUGGGCUUGGACUGUGGUCCCCAGAGCAGCAAGAAAUUUGCUGAAGUUGUGGCCCGUGCCAAGCUAAUUGUGUGGAAUGGUCCUGUUGGAGUGUUUGAGUGGGAAACUUUUGCAAAGGGAACAAAAGAGCUAAUGAACAAUGUGGUGGAGGCCACCAAAAACGGCUGCAUCACAAUCAUAGGUGGUGGGGAUACUGCCACCUGCUGUGCCAAAUGGAACACUGAAGAUAAGGUCAGCCACGUGAGCACUGGAGGUGGUGCUAGUCUAGAGCUUCUGGAAGGCAAAGUCCUCCCUGGGGUGGCUGCCCUGAGCAAUAUCUAACAGAGUUUUCCACCUGUUGGUUCCUGUACACAAUCCUCCAGACUGCAGGACCCAACUUUACCUUCUUUAGUGUUUCUAAACACAUUGUUAUGAUUUAUAAUAUAUAUGUGUGUGUGUAUUUUGCCCUUACAAAGUUAAAAGAAAGUCCAAAAAGCUGUUGACUAUGUUGUUUAUCUUUUUAAAUAGAUUGUACCAUUCACCUUUGUUAGUACAUUAGUGACUCUUUUUUGUCACUACAGUAUGAAAACAAGAUAAAACCUUGGUUUUUUCCACUGUUGUGAUUUGUAGAAUAUAUAUGUGUGUUAUAUAUUUUAUCUUCAUAACUGAAAAAGUUAAAGGCGCUAUUAACCAUAUUCUUUUUCUCUUUUGAAGCUGUACAAUUCAGCUUUGUUAGUAUUGUAACCACUAUUUUUAUCACCACCCAUGGUGUAAUGGUGUAGAAACAAGAUGAUUACUAUUUAAGAAGGGAAGGUUAAUAAUGUUUUGUUAAGAGAAGAUUCAUAAGAGUGCCAACUUGGCUGGGGGGGGGGGGCGCGGUGGCGGCAGCAAGAUAGGCCAAACUCCUGGUAACUUCCAAAGAAACUUAAAACUUUUCUGAUCCAGAUCAGCCACAGCUGAGCCUCAGCUCCUCUGGGCCUAGAACCCGUCUGCCACAUGUUUGAGGCUGUAGUACUCCUGUUAACUUCUCUACUACCACCUCCUCCCUUUGUUCCUUUUAUGCCCCUUAUUUAGCAGGGACAUUGAGGGAAUCACCUGAGCUUAAAAUCAGCUUAAUCUCUAAAUUUUGGGUUCUCUAGAAAGGUACAAGUGAUGUAGAUAGGUGAUCUGCUCUUUUACAUGUCAAUUUAAAAUUUGCUGUCACAGGGACUGGUGUGAUACCUCUACCCCAAAGGUGGCUAACUCCACAGAGACAGAACAAUAGGACUUUUUACUGUGAGGUUUAUUCAUUUUGUGGCCAAAUGCACAGUUUUUCCUAAAAUAACCCAAUAAACAAAAUAACCUGAAAGUUAUUGAUGAGAAAACAUUGUCGAGAUUUUUUUUUAUCCUUCUGUGGAAUUACUUAUGUAUUAACAUGAUUAUUUUAAAGUUUUGGUGGUUGAAAUAAACCUGAUUCAAAAUGA